AAUUAAAUUAGUCCCUUAAUCUCUCAUUUACCAUUUUUUUUCUUCUGAAAUAAAACAAAGAAAAGAAAAACACAGUUGGAUUUCCAUCUACUAAUCUGUGUUUCUCAAUCGCUCUUUCGGUUGUCUCUCAGAAAUCAUGCUCCCUUUAAUCGGUUAAUCCCAGACCUCAAAAUUUAAUAAGCUCUAGCAAUAAUAAGAGAAGAACGACAAUAAACAGAAUAUUAGGAAAAAAAAAAAAAAAGAAAAGAAAAUCGGAAAAUGGGAGCAUACAGAGCGGACGACGAUUACGAUUACUUAUUCAAGGUGGUGUUGAUCGGAGACUCAGGCGUCGGGAAAUCCAAUCUCUUGUCUCGUUUUACGAGAAAUGAAUUCAGCCUGGAAUCCAAAUCCACCAUUGGCGUAGAGUUCGCAACCCGCAGCAUCCAUGUCGAUGAUAAGGUCGUUAAGGCCCAGAUUUGGGAUACCGCCGGCCAAGAAAGAUAUCGAGCCAUAACAAGUGCGUAUUAUAGAGGUGCUGUAGGAGCGUUACUAGUAUAUGAUGUGACUAGACAUGUAACAUUUGAAAACGUUGAGAGAUGGCUAAAGGAGCUUAGGGAUCACACAGACGCCAACAUUGUGAUCAUGCUGGUAGGAAACAAGGCAGACCUGCGUCACCUUCGAGCUGUUUCCACCGACGACGCCAAGGGAUUUGCAGAACGAGAGAACACGUUCUUCAUGGAGACAUCUGCGCUCGAGUCUUUGAACGUCGAGAAUGCAUUCACAGAAGUGCUGACUCAGAUUUAUCGAGUCGUAAGCAGGAAGACACUCGACAUUGGAGAUGACCCUGCAGCUCUGCCUAGGGGACAGACAAUCAAUGUUGGAGGCAAAGAUGAUGUUUCAGCAGUUAAGAAGGCUGGAUGCUGCUCGGCUUAAGCAAGGAAAAAUUGCCUCAACCUCUCAAG